AUGACAAAUAGACUAGAUAAGCUAAUGCUAGGUGGCGAAAUGCUAAAGCUUCUUGCAUCCUUCAAUAUUGAUGGUUUUAUAACAACGAUGCAAGAUGAGCACCUGAACGAGUUUAUAAAUGACAACGACAACAAAAUCAUGCAUCUCACGGGAUUUACAGGGUCGGCAGGAAUUGCAUUUACAAGCAUACAUGAAAAGGUGCUAAUAACUGACGGAAGAUAUUAUCUCCAGGCUGAAAGAGAGUUGAGGGAGAAUGAAUCUAAGGGCUAUAGGCUGGUCAAACAGGAAGAUCAGGAAGAGUACUGGAAAGAAAUAUUGAAGAGCAUUAAUAGUAUUGGAGUUGAUACAAGAUACAUCAGCAUUAGGGACUAUGAGACGUUGAAAAAUAUAUUUAACAUGCUGGGAACCAAACUGGUGCAUGUGCCCGAUAUCGUUUUAGAAUUAUGGAAAGAUAGACCGGCAAGGCAGUUUAGGAAGAUAAUAGACUUACAAGAAUACAGAUAUAGAAAGGAAGUGGACUUUGAUGAAAUUGUACUAUCGCUCGAACAGUGCUCACAGUUUAGUAAUACAUCUAAUAGUAAAACUUCCAAUCUUGAUUUAUUAUUUGAUAAUGAAAUAGUGAAACAACAAGGCGAUAGUUUGACAAGCAUUGCAGGAGAGUCCAGAAAAGACAAGAUUUCCAGGGUUUUAGAGACUUUAAACGAAGAUGAAAUCCUAGUACUAACUGAACUAGACACAAUCGCAUGGAUUUUCAAUCUGAGAGGCGAGGAUAUAAAAAAUAACUUGUUUUUCUACUCCUUUUCUGUGAUUUUUAAAGAAAAAGUGGUGUUAUUUACAAACUCUGAUGUAAAGUUACCUGAGCUGCAGGAUAUAGUCCAGCCUACAAGCAAUGAAACUUGGGAUGGCACUUCUUAUUCUUUUGAAAUCAAAGGAUAUUCCGAAUUUUACAGAUAUAUUGAAUCCUUCAAGCAUGACAAAAAGAUAGUAAUUUCACCGAAUACUCCCGCGUUUAUUGCCAACAAGUUCAAAAACAAAAGAAUAACCAAUGAUAUCCGUGCAUUGCAGUCAGUAAAGAACAAAAUGGAACUGUAUGGCAUGCUUCGUGCAAACAUUCUUGAUGCCCUAGCUUUAAUUAAAUUAUCUACGUGGAUUCAUACGGCCAGCCGUACUGAAAGGGAGAUUGCUGAGCAGCUCAGAAAGAUCAAGUCAGAAAAUAGAUACUUUCUUAGAACAAGCUUCGAUUCAAUUGUUGCUGUUGGAAAAAACGGAGCUGAGCUGCACCACUCAAUAGGAGAUACCUAUACAGCCAAGGAAAAGGCCAUUUUGAUUGACUCAGGCUCACAGUAUAUCUUUGGAACAACUGACAUUACAAGAACAUUGAGUACAAGACCAGAUGCGAUAUUGAAACGGGACUACACAUUUGUCCUUAAGGCAACGAUUGCUCCUAAGCUAUUGCAGGAAAGGGAACUUGGAGGAGACACGGUGGAUACUACGGCCAGAAGCGUGCUACUAUCAGAAGGCUUAACGUAUGACUCGUCUACUGGGCAUGGUGUUGGGUUUGGAUUGAAUGUGCAUGAGAACCCGCCAGCAAUUUCCCAAAAUGGAGGCGAGAUACUAGAGAAUCAAGUAUUUACAAUCGAGCCCGGAGUAUAUCGUGAGGGAAAGUAUGGAAUUAGGAUCGAGGAUAUGGUGUAUUUGGAAUCUUUAGAUGGCAUGGACAUAGUUCAUGAUUUAACCUUCGCCCCAUACCAGAUGGAUAUGAUUGAUAGGAAUUUAUUAACUGAAGAUGAAAGUAAAUACAUUAAUACCAAAAAUCGAAAGAUUGGGUGCUUAUUUAUGAGCAGAAUCAAAGAUAAAGCUAGCUUGAAAUACUUAAUAGAGAACACCAAGGAGCUAUGA